ACUUGAAAGGCCCAAAUUUCUUGCCAUAUACAGAAGAAAUCAAAAGGAAGAAAACCCAAAUCCCAAACUCCAGUCAUGGCUCUCUGCUUCCAAAUUUCCCCUUCUGUCAUUAAAUCACAAUUCUGCUCCAAUCCCAUUAGUUCCCAAUUCUCCCCUAAAAAGCCCACUAAUUUAUUCAGAAUUUGCUGCAGCCAAAGUGGAGAAGAUGAGAAUCCAAACUCAAGUGCGACCAGCAAACAGCAAAAGAAGCUGUCUCAACAGUCUUCAUGGGAAUCAAAGGACUCUGAGGGCAAAGAUUACUUGUACAGGCUCGGCGCAGAGGCUGAUAACAUGAAUAUCGCUGUUGGAGCUAGGGCUGGCGUCAUUGAUGAUCUCUUCACUGGGAAUUUCCUCGGAAAAGAUUCGGAUAUUGUGUUUGAUUAUCGUCAGAAGGUAACAAGAUCAUUUGAGUACCUUCAAGGCGAUUAUUACAUUGCGCCCCUUUUCAUGGAUAAAGUCGUUUGCCACAUUGUGAAGAACUACCUUGCUCAUCUUCUCAAUGUGAAAGUUCCCUUAAUUUUAGGGAUUUGGGGAGGAAAAGGUCAAGGUAAAACGUUUCAAACUGAACUUAUUUUCCGGGCAAUGGGAGUUGAACCUAUUAUUAUGUCAGCUGGGGAAUUAGAAUCAGAAAAAGCAGGAGAACCAGGAAAAUUGAUACGUGAACGGUACAGAACUGCUUCUCAAGUGAUUCAGAAUCAAGGAAAAAUGAGUUGUUUGAUGAUCAAUGAUAUUGAUGCUGGGCUGGGUAGAUUUGGUAACACACAAAUGACAGUCAACAACCAAAUUGUGGUUGGUACUCUCAUGAACAUAUCAGAUAAUCCUACGAGAGUGAGUAUAGGGCAAGUUUGGAGAGAAGCAGACAUUACAAACAGGGUUCCGGUUAUUGUUACUGGAAAUGAUUUUACCACAAUUUAUGCUCCAUUGAUUCGUGAUGGAAGGAUGGACAAAUUCUACUGGCAGCCCACUCAAGAAGACAUUGUAAACAUUGUCCAGAGAAUGUAUGAGAAAGAUGGCAUAACAAGGGAUGAGGUUGUCAGCAUUGUGAGCGAAUUUCCUAAUCAAGCAUUGGACUUUUAUGGUGCGCUGAGGUCAAGAACAUACGACAGGUCAAUCCUAAAGUGGGUAAAUGAUGCUGGAGGUGCUGAAAAUCUUGGUAGCAGACUUCUCAAACAGAAAAAGGAAGGAAAACUUCCAGUAUUUACUGCUCCGGAGCAAACAUUGGAAGCUUUGCUUGAAUCAGGGUAUGAUCUUAUCAGAGAGCAAAAGCUAAUAAUGGAAACUAAGCUUUCGAAGGAAUACAUGAAGAACAUGGAUGAUUAGAACGUUUGAUGACUCCCAUUUACAUUCUAGUGCUCUUCGAUAUGCUGCUGCAGCUGGUAGAGCAAAUGUUUUGCAUCGUUGAUUGACGAAUUUAUAUGCUACCGAAACCAUCCUAAAAUAUGAGUCGAGCCAUCUCUCGUCCAUGUACACUGAAGAGCAUGCAUGGAUACCGGAAAUGCAAUAGAUAUAGUUUCAAUGUUAGGAUGCCCAAUACAUUGUUAAGUAACUGUCAUAGAAACAGAUCAUCUUUCUGAAGAAUUAUUAUUUUCUUUCACCUAUAAAAUCUCUACCCCAUCUGGAGGACAAGUUACUUGCUGCUGCUAAAGCUAAUGAGAGUUGAAGUGUUAUUUGUUACCAUUUUGUGUCGAACCCUCCUAUGUAGUUCGAUACGUAACCUCUUGUAAACGCAAGAACACUGAGAGAACUUUCAGUUCUUUUAUGCUUUUGUGAUCCUCUCAGUACAAAAAUUUCAUAUAUACUUCAUAAUAA